AUCAGGGGUUUCAGACGUGAUAAAGGGAAGGAAGAGCCCCAGUGGAAGAAGCUGAUCCCACCCUCAACGGCAACCAUGGACUUUUUGCAUAGCAUGGGGGUCCAGACCACCUGCUAUCUCCAAGAGAACCUCAUAGACUUCCAGGACUGGUUCCUCUUCAUCUCUGCUGUUGCCGACCUCAGAACUACUUUCUUUGUCUUCUUCCCUAUCUGGUUCCACCUGAAGGAGGCUGUGGGGAUCCGGCUAAUCUGGGUGGCUGUGAUUGGUGAUUGGCUCAACCUGGUUUUCAAGUGGAUCCUUUUUGGACAGAGACCCUACUGGUGGGUACAUGAGACGGAUUUCUAUGGCAGCACACCACCCCCUGUGAUCCAGCAGUUUCCCAUAACCUGUGAGACUGGCCCAGGCAGCCCUUCUGGUCAUGCCAUGGGGUCCUCCGGGGUCUACUAUAUCCUGGUGACGGAACUGCUAGCCCAGCUAUCACCACUGCAGCAAAACACCUUAACUGCCAGGUGCCUGCAUGGUCUCCUCUGGGCAGGAUUCUGGGCUGUACAGUUGUGUGUCUGCUUAUCCCGAGUCUUCCUUGCUGCCCACUUUCCACACCAGGUGAUCUCUGGGGUUGUUUCAGGGAUGGUGGUGGCAGAGGUUUUUGUGCACGUCCGCUCCAUUUACAAUGCCAGCCUGUGGCGGUAUGUGGGCACCACCCUCUUCCUCUUCAGCUUUGCCCUGGGUUUCUACCUGCUGCUCAAGAUGUUGGGUGUGGACCUCCUGUGGACCUUAGAGAAGGCCAACAAAUGGUGUGAACGACCGGAGUGGAUCCAUAUCGACACCACCCCAUUUGCCAGCUUGCUUCGCAACUUGGGCAUCCUCUUUGGUCUGGGGGUUGGUCUCAACUCCUCCAUGUAUGCAGAAAGCUGUAAAGGGAAGCAAGGCCAACGGUGGGCCUUCCGCCUCAGCUGCAUCUUUAUCUCCCUGUUUAUCCUGCACCUCUUUGAUUCCUUUGAACUGCCCACCAACAGGGAGCUUCUCUUCUAUGUUCUCUCCUUCUGCAAGAGUGCGUGUGCUCACAUCUGUGCUGUGGCAGUCAUCCCCUACUGCGUUUCCCGGCUCCUCUGGCAGACAAAGAAAGCCUUGUAGGGAACAGAAGGUUUGGAGUCGAGCAGCCUGGACCAAGUUCUCCUCCAUCCAAGUUGUUCAGGGACCCAUAUCAAUUCCACUUAAAAGUUAACCAUCAAGGGUCACAGAUGCCUUCACGGAAGAUGGCAAAAGGCUCCCCCACCCCCACCCCGUACACUUAUUGACAUGAUCUGCUACAGAUUAGGAACAUUAGUUUUCAGUCACAGGAUUGUUGUGAAGAGAAAAUGGGGAGCAGGAACUCUACAUACAUUGCCCUCACCUCCUUGGAGGAAAGAUGGGAUAAAAAUGAACUUAGGUAGGCAGCUAGAAAAAUUGUUAAUACAGAAAUGAAAGAGCAGUGAAGAUGGGUCAGGAGACGCGGAGGGUGACUUGCAACUGGAUAGGCAUCAAGGGGAAAGGCAGGAGAGUCUAAACAAGAAUAAUAGAGGGCUAAAGAAUUCAGUGAGUGUUAAAGGGCUCUGGGUGCAUUUACAGGGCAUCUUGCACAUCUGAUUGUGGCCUAUGGCUGGUGAUGGGACUUUCAGCCCUCAGCCCACAUUUGUGUUCCUUCACAGUGGCCUUCUCCCAAGUUGACCUGCACAAAGUCCCUGGCUCUGUUUGAGUGCUGGCAAACCUGUUUGCCUCUGUCCCUGUGCCACACACCAAUUUUUGUCUUUCUGGAAUGGAAGCAAGCAGUGGUGGUCCCACAGGGAUGCUAUCAACUUAUUCCUAAGUGAUCUGGAGUAUGGAUUGAGUAUGUGGAUGAUGCUAAAUUAUUCAGGAUGUCUCCAAAUGGAGUGAUUGGUGUUCAGUGUUAAGAACUGUGAAGUGGUGUGCAUUGGGCCGUAAAAUAAAAUCCUAGCUUCACAAGA